GUGGCCUUGGUUGACCAAAGUAGGCUAUGCCAUUGGAUUUGGUCCGCAGAUGAGCGCCGAGAGAUUAGAGAGAAGAGGAAGAAGAAAAAGAGCGCAUUUCCAAUUUAAUUUUAAUUUUGAUUUUAAUUUAAUUUUAUUAUUGGUAUCUCUUCUUCGUCUCCAACAAAGUCGAAUCGCUCGAAAGAGAGUCGAAGCUGCUUUUCUUUUCUCGCCCUCAUCAAUCCAAUCAUAAUCUCUCUCCUCACUCUCCCUUUUUUCGAUUUUCGAUUUCAAGUUUUGGUUUUCUAUCUUUGUCUCCCCCCUUUCCUCUAUAAACCCUAAAACUACCUCACCAUUUCUUUAUUUUGAAUUUAUCUUACAUUUGAUUUCUUCAUCCAAUAAAUAAUUAAAGAAUAGCCGUUGUAAUUGUGAUUUUGAUUGUGUUGGAUUACGGAAUUCAAUUGUCAACGACAAUCGUCUUUCUUUACAGACGCCAUCGUCGCCCAACGGAGUUUCCCUAUCGCAGGGUUAGGGUUAGGGUUCGAAGAUCAUCGUCACGAAUGGAAGCAGCUGCUGGAAGUUCUGACGGACACAGAGAUAGAGAUAGAGAUAGAGGCAGCUCCGCCAAUUUGAAUUCAAGACGAUAUAGGGUGCAUUUUUCUGCUUCCAAUUUCAUACGCUCUCCAAUUUCCACUCUCUUAGAGUAUUCCGGUCUUUUACGUCCGAGGUCCAACAACACCCAUGAAUCCGAUUCCCUCAUUCCUGCUAACUCCUCUGCCCAUCUUCAUGAUUCUUCUCCCAACGCCGGCGAGGUCUCCAUUAGGAUUAUUGGUGCUUCUGAACAUGACCAUGACAGAGUAGACCCCACCACCACCACUACUGCACCUUCUGGUGUACACCUCCAACCAUGCCCUACUGAGGUCUCCGUCCAGCCUGUUAACAUGCCCAUUUCUUCCACCACUGCUGCAUUAGACGGCCAGGAGGAUUCCAGGGCUGAUCGACCCACUGGGGAUACUCAUACCGGGGUUUCUCAAUUCUCUAGUUCCAGUUCUGAUGCUGAGGCUGCUGAUGGUGGUGCUGCGAACAAUCGGGAUUCUACUUAUCAGAGGUACGACAUUCAACAGGCUGCCCGCUGGAUUGAGCAGGUCCUCCCUUUUUCGCUGCUCCUACUCGUUGUUUUUAUCCGCCAACAUCUGCAAGGUUUUUUUGUCACAAUAUGGAUUGCUGUUUUUAUGUUCAAGUCCAAUGACAUACUGCGAAAACAAACUGCUCUUAAGGGAGAGAGGAAGGUUCCUAUUUUGGUAGGCAUCUGUAUUUUGUUCACACUUCAUGUUGGUGGUGUUUAUUGGUGGUACCGAAAUGACGACCUUCUCUACCCGUUGAUUAUGCUACCCCCAAAAGAGAUACCUCCCUUCUGGCAUGCUGUUUUUAUCAUCAUGGUCAACGACACCUUGGUCCGCCAGGCAGCUAUGGUCUCCAAGUGCAUACUACUCAUGUAUUACAAAAAUAGCAGAGGAAGGAAUUACCGUAGGCAGGGGCAAAUGCUGACAUUAGUGGAGUAUCUUUUGCUACUAUAUCGUGCAUUAUUGCCAACUCCAGUUUGGUACAGGUUUUUCCUGAACAAAGAAUAUGGAAGCCUCUUUUCAUCUCUAAUGACUGGAUUGUAUUUGACUUUUAAGCUCACUUCUGUUGUUGAAAAGGUUCAGUCAUUCUUUUCGUCAGUUAAGGCAUUGUCACGGAAAGAGAUCCACUACGGAGCUUAUGCAACUUCAGAGCAGGUAACUGCUGCCGGCGAUAUGUGUGCUAUUUGCCAAGAGAAGAUGCAUGCUCCUAUCCUGCUUCGCUGUAAACACAUUUUUUGUGAAGAUUGUGUGUCAGAGUGGUUCGAGAGGGAAAGAACAUGUCCUCUAUGCAGGGCCUUGGUGAAGCCUGCAGAUCUCAAAUCGUUUGGUGAUGGAUCAACUAGUCUGUUUUUCCAGUUAUUUUGAGCAAGGAGUUUUUUCUUCUUUGAAUCCUUGCUACAUUGAAAAAGCCGAUGAUCAAAAAGCGAUUUCAUGAUUCAUUCAGAAGUAAAGAAAGCUACAGUUAAGCUGCAGUGCUGGUUGUUGGCUACAUGAAUCUAAGCCACCGAUUGACACAUAACUUGACAGGAUCUCUGUUUAUAUGUUGUAUUAAAAACAUCUACAUGUAUCUAUCUAAGUUAGCUCGUAAAUUUAUAGAGAAUUCGUACAUUAAAACAAUGUAUACAACUGUGCAAUCUCCAGUAAUGGAAGUUUUCUGAAAGAAA